AUGAAACGUGGCCAUUUAUCGGUUGUCACAGAGGAGAACGUAUUAAAUGCUGAAACGGACAAUCUGGUGUCCAGCUAUCUAGCAGUAAUCGAAAAAAGGAUCCUCGAAUGUGGCAUGAUAUUGCCAGAAACAUGCGAGCUCUUCGUUGAGCUUCGGUUUGACGAACCACCACAAACGUCUACAUGUGCAUAUUAUUUCGUGGAUCAUCAUAGUCGCUGCCUCUUCUGGCUCGAGCCCACCUCAUCGGAACUGCUGGACAUGGGCAUGUUGGUGUCUGACUCACACUUGGAUACUGCGUUGGAAAGACUCUACUGGGUGCAUGUCGAGUUUUUCCCGAUGCACGUCUUUGCACAGAUGACGCCACUCAUUUUGAACAACUUGAUCAGUGUCAUCUGUCACGGUAUGACAGAUCGUAUGACGUCGCGCACUUCCACAUUCCCAUACACGGAGGAAAAGUGCGAUCAACUUCUGCGGGUGUUAUCCUUACGACGAGGCGAACCCUUAGAUGGCUAUACAUUGUGUUUUGUUGCUCGUCUUUGGGGUGCAAUCAAUAAUCAACGAUUCAUGACGUACUAUGGUCAAGAAAAUGCCCAGCUGGACAGACUGCAGCCACCGAUGCCAGAAGACAUAGUUGAUCGCCCAGGGAUGCGUUCACUGGCAAAUCUGACGUUGUGGGGGAUCCCUAACCACCACUACUCCAAGCUUCAUGACCUGUUCGUUCACGACCAGGUGUAUGUUGAUCACUGGCAGGCUUUCAUGACUGCACGUGUCUCGGAAUGGAGAGAAUUGAUUGUGUGGGCAUUUUCGGUCUUGAUUGCCAGCAUUCUCAUUUCGAUGCUACCGCGUGCUUCGUUGUCAUCUGCUAUGGCACCAAUUCUUGCAGCAUCCUCAAGCAUCUUGUCGGGAUCAAUCCUGCUCCUGAGACACCAUGGUUUUGAAGAUGCAACCGCCUCGUUUGCUGCGAACUUCCUCCGCACAGCAAAAUCGUCUGAUUGGGGCUUCCUGCCCUUAUCUAUUGCAUACAGCAUGCCAAAAGCGAUGUACUUAUGGAGCAUGGGACUUAUGGUUGCUCAAUUCAUAUUCUGGGUCUCCCGCAUGGUUGGCGUCUUUUGGGCGUCAGGCGGAGCUGGCUUGCUAGCGCUAAUGGCCCAUGGCAUCCUCCAUUUCACAUCUUUGGAGGACGAUCACUCCGAUCUCAUGGCCACCAUGCUGCGCAACCAUUGGCAAACAUUCCAAAGUAGUUCAGCAGAAGCCGCCGAAACUUUGACAGUAUGA